CACAGAAUGAUUAAUAAUAGAUUUUUUAAUAACGAUCAAUACAAAAGAAAAUGUUAAUAACGAACAUGAGGUAGUAGUGCUUCAGGGACGAGAGAUGGACAACUCGAACAGAUGGACAUGAGGUAGUAGUGCUUCAGGGACGAGAGAUGGACAACUCGAACAGCGACGACCGACAACGGAUAACUCGACCGGGGGGUUGGAUUCAAGAUGAUUGCUUCAGGGACGACGGACUCGUGUUUGACGGAGAAGUCGACGAGCUCGUGCUUGAGGGACGACAGACUCGUGUUUGACGGAGAACUCGACGGGCUCAUGCUUCAGGAACUAUGCGACGGACUCGCCGUUGACGGAGACGCAGGGACGACGGGAAACUCGACCGGACCCGCGGCGGCAACAAUAAAAGACCCGACGAAGACGAAAACCAAAAAUAAACCGUCCCUUAGGGUUUUUUGAAAAUAAUAGACAUGUUUUUAAUUUAAUUGUAUUCUCCUUAAUACCCCUAACAAUUUUUUAACUAAUAACUCCUACUAACUACCUUAUCUUGAAUUAGCCAAUCACAAGGCUUUAAGUUCUUCCUUAAAAAAUAGGCCUUAAAGACCAGAACUUAGGCCUUAAUCGUAGUCGGUGGAGAAUAAGAUUAAUAGACUUCAUUAUCGGUGUAGAAUGGCAUUGGGCUGAAUCCGUAAUCUGUAGUCUCCAAAAUCGAAAGAAAAUGACAUUUCGAAAAAAAAACUCCCUAAAUCUGUGAUGGUACUCUUUGGAAUCUGCCUAAAAUGGAUCCGGAAAAAAUCAACCCAAAUUGGUGCUUAUGGCAUAAAUUUGUCCCAUGCCGUGUUAUGCUCUUAUAGUUGUUUUAUUAUACACGGUUUGCAAAGAAAUCACUGUUUAAGCCUAAUUUUUUUUAAAAUUGCAUUUUGCCUCAAUGUUUGGCCUCAAGGUCAAGGAGACACCUUAAACACCAUUUGAAGUACAUGGAAUUUAAGUACCUUGCAAAUUUGGUUAACUCCAACAUUUUGGAAUCUAACUCUCAUCAAAUUUGAUAAAAACAUGAUACUUAACUCUCAAGUAAAACAUAAGGGGACAAGACAAAAACCCAAAUUAAAUUUCGAUUUACCAUCGCGCCUGUUGUCAUGCCACCAUGUUGAAAAACCUCUCUUCGAGUAAACCUUCGAUACCGAUCCACGUAUUGAUCAUAGUUGAUUUCUUGGGUGAGGAGGGUAAGUUUCUUGUUGGAUAUUGCAAGGCCAACUAGUCCAACUAACAACAGAUUUGUUAAUAAGUUAGCAUCCUUGGUUUGGUUGGAAAUCAGACUGUUUCCCCCCUAAAACUAUAUUCAAAUUAAACUUACUAAUUCAAAUUGAAGGGUUCCUUCAUAUUGCACUAACUUCAUCUUUCUUUUGAUGGACACAGAUACACAUACUAAAAGGUCAAAGCUCGACCAACCUCAUAAUCAUAUUAAAAAGCUUAUGUUGGUCCUAAUGCUCCUGGUAGGCUGUGCAGCGUGAUUCAUGCGUUUAUCUUAAGAUAUAAUUUAGUUCCUUAAUUAAAGUAGUGUCAUAUAAGUAUUAACAAAAACCCAAACUUCUAGAGACAUUCAAUCAUGAUUUAGGAAGGCCAACGAACCUUGCCCUAGUGCUUGAAAGGAUAAGGAAGAAUGGAAGAUGGUCUUGAAUAUUUGGUUUUCUGAUACUGAAACUUGACUAUACCAAUGGAAACCCAUUGAAAGUGAACAAAAACCAAAAAGUCUUGUGGUGGUUGCAGGGGCGGACCUAGACACAAGGGAGGUGUGUCAUCUGACACACCUCCGCCCGAAAAUUUUGUGAAAGACCCCUAAUUCGUCGGUACUAAAAUUUUGAUCUCGGGAUUUCCGACACACCUCUGAUAAUUGUAUCCGACACAACUCAAUUGUGUUUAUGGAAAUUUAUUGUCAUAAGUUAUCAAAAUAUAUAAAUAUAAGUUCAGGCUAGCGUACGUCUGACCACCGUAUGCCAAUUGGGUUUUGCUAUUUAGAUAAAUAAUUAACCGGACUUUGGGGCAUGAUCCUAUAUCCUAACCUCUAAUGGAUGAACCCCAAUCCCUAAUUUUCUAACCCAAACGGCAAAAUUUGGUCAAUCUUAAAAUGAAACUCAACAAUAAUUUCGACGAAUCAGAAUCAUUGAUUUUCAUUUUUCAAGAUUAAAUGAAUCUUAUGUUA